GCCUUACAGCAGGGUCUCUGUGAGGGAGACAGCCAAAGCCUGGCACAGCAGCAGAGUUCAUAGUCUGGUCAAUACGUUUUCAAGGAUUGUGCAGAGCUGGUGAAUCAAUCAUGCCCCCUGCAGCACCAACCAAUCUAGGCUACACCCCACCAGAUGGAGGCUGGGGCUGGGCUGUCGUCUUUGCUGCUUUCAUCUCCAUAGGAUUCUCCUAUGCCUUUCCCAAGUCCCUCACCAUCUACUUUAAGGAGAUUCAGGAAUAUUUUUCAGUUUCCUACAGUGAGAUUGCUUGGGUGUCCUCAGUCAUGCUGGCGUCUAUGUAUGCAGGAGGACCUGUGAGCAGUAUACUAGUCAACCGCUAUGGCAGCAGACCUGUGGUUUUGGUCGGUGGGCUGAUGGUUAGUGCUGCCAUGGUGCUCGCUUCUUUUGGCACUACAAUCAUGCAUCUGUAUCUUUGUGUUGGAGUAAUUGGAGGGUUCGGCCUCGCCUUCAACCUGCAGCCAGCCCUGACGAUCAUAGGUACCUACUUCCAGGUCAAAAGGCCGCUGGCGAAUGGGCUCGCGAUGACAGGAAGUCCGGUUGUUCUGUCCACUCUGGCUCCUCUUAAUCAGUUUCUGUUUGAUUGUUUUGGCUGGAGAGGGAGCUUCCUCAUCCUGGGAUCCAUUGUUUUGAACUGCUGUGUGGCUGGUGCUCUGAUGAGACCAGUCAACAAAAGUGUCCAACCCAAACCAAAGACUGAACCACCCCUGUGUAACGGGGCAGCUGCUGAGGAAGGUGCUACUGCGGACACCAGUGCACAGUCGGCUAACCUCCUAACUGAAGAAAACCAAAGUGAGAAGAGUAGGAGUCAGGGCCACGUGCGCAAAUUCAUAGAUCUGUCACUUUUCAGACACCGGGGUUUCCUCAUUUAUCUCACUGGUAAUGUGGUCAUGUUUUUUGGCUUUUUCGCACCUGUGGUUUUUUUGGCACCAUAUGCCAAACAUCAAGGGAUUGAUGAAUAUUCAGCAGCUUUCUUGCUUUCUAUUUUUGCACUGGUAGACAUGUUUAUCAGACCAGCAACUGGUCUCAUUGGCAACACCAAGUGGAUUAGGCCAAGAAUCCAAUAUUUCUUCAGUUUUGCUGUUUCGUAUAAUGGUAUAUGUCACCUUUUGUGCCCACUGGCAUCUGGAUAUAUGGGGCUGGUCGUUUAUGCGGUCUUCUUUGGUUUGGCUUUUGGGAUGGUUUCUGCCCUGCUUUUUGAAGUUCUGAUGGACCUUGUUGGAGCUCAUCGCUUCUCCAGUGCAGUUGGACUCGUCACCAUUGUCGAGUGUGGACCAGUGCUUCUUGGACCUCCAAUUUCAGGAGCCUUGGUUGAUAUUUUCGGGGACUACAAAUACAUGUACUAUGCAUGUGGUGUGUUUAUGCUGGUGCCUGGCAUAUUUUUCUUUAUCAUGCAUUACUACAAUUACAAGAGACUGGACGAGGAGCAGAGGCAGGCUGUGGCUGUGGAGAUGAGGACUUCUGAAGAGGCAGUAGAACUUAAAAUGAGCCAGGACGAUAAAACAGCACAUGAAACAGAUGGAUGAACUUGCUGACUAUGAAUCUAUUUUAGUGAGUGUAGGAAGAUGACACUGCACAGGUUCGACUGCAGGACAUAGUGUAUACGGGCUAUUACUGAUAAAAAUGAUUUUCUACUUUGGAUGAGGUUACUGGACUCUUUGGACCUUUGCUGCAUAUCUGCAGAUUAAAAUUUGGUAUUUUAAUGGUUAUUUUAUGUAUAUUAUUAUUAUCAUUAUCAAAUUAUGUGACAACUGUAACUCUAAUGGCCUUUGUUCAUCAAUCAUCCAAAACCUGCCCUUGUUCCUUCCAGUACAAUUAUAAUAAUGGUUAUAUAAACUAAUAUGGUUCCGCUUUGUUUAUAAUAAAAAGUAAUUUUCCUGAGGGACUGAUAUAAAAUAAUGAGUCAAAAUUCAGAACACACAGUCAUACCACUUAUGCUUAAUAUCAUCUUUGUACCACUAGAUGUCACUGGUCGCUAUCAUGUGAGAACUGGCUCAAAUGCAACACAUCUCUCCUAUUAAACUGCAAUUAAACUAAAGCCAUUGUCACUGAGGGUUUAGUUCUUUACAGCAUUUUUCCCUGAACCUCCCAGAAAUUCUGAAUAGGUCAACAGGGGCACAGUAAUUGAAAAUGAGAAAAUUAAAUGUUGGGAGUAAAGACAACAGACUUUCUCUCUUCAAAGACCUUCCCCCGGAAUCCUGUUGCCCAAAAAUUCAAAUCCCACUUUAUUCAUUCCUUAAGUUUUAUUUUACAGUAAAAUACAUUUUCAGUGUCAUGGGGAUCUGUAAAAGCUGUUUCAUUGCGGCACCGCUUUAGUACAGUCAUAAAAAUUCAGUAUGAAGUUAUGAAAAUGUUUUAGAAUUGAACUUUUAAAUAAGUGUGGGGACCCUGUGUGUAUUUAAUAAUAAGACUGCAUUUGCAUAUGUGGCUGAAGAACUGAAAUACUUUUCUUAGUCUCACUGGCACAAAAAGUGUCAGUGUAUAUAACACCGACACUUUUACUAUAGCUGCAGGCCAGGCCACCAAAUAUGACAGUAUUCUAAAGUGCUGUUUUUAGUUGUUUGUGUAUUUUUAAUUGACACGGUAUUAGCUUAUACAUAUUUCUAUGUGUGUUUUCAAGAACUGAAUAAUACAUGAUCAAAGAUUCUGACUCAUUGAGCUGGCCUCAAAGAAAAUACCUGACAGCAGAUAAAAUGAGUGAUCUCAUACCAGGUCGCAUUAUCCCACCUCAGGUCAAACUUCAUUUUCCAGCAUACUGCAUGACUACAGCCCCAUAGCGCCAGGCCUUGGGCACCUGCAAUACAAGAUACAUUGGUGAGCCAUUCAAGAAGAGAACAAUGCCAUUAUUACAAAUGUAUGUUUAAAUGAUCCUUUCUUAUCAUGUCCCUGCAAGGUGCAUAUUGACUCCUUUUUUUCAGAUGGGCGAAAAUUGCUUAUGUGAGUGAAUCAAUACAUUUAUUUAUAACCUUAGAUAACAUUAUGUGAAAAUCAGAUAAACAGUGUCUAUGGCUUACGGCUGGCCGGUUUUCUCUUUGAAUCUCGGUUUAUCUUCAAUCAACCAAAAAUCACUGGGUCAAAAUGUAACCCAGUUUGAUUCAAUAUAGUGCCAACACAAUACUGGGUUAACUUUACCCAAUAAGUGGUUUUGACCCAUAUUUGUUUUAUUUACCCAAACUAAAAUAUGUUUUUUGACCCAAUGUUAGAAACAACAACUCAAGUUUUACCUUAUAAAUGUCACAAUUUUAUUUUUAACUGUACAAAACAAUGUGCAUAUGUAAUAAUGGAGGAAGCAUGCACAUUGUUUACUUAAGUAAAAGUACCAGUAUCAUAUUCUAAAAAUAUUCAGUUACAAGUAAAAGUCCUGCUCAUCAAAAGUACUCAUUACAGAGAAAUGGCCAGUGUAUGUUUCCUAUUAUACAGUAUAUCAUUAGAUUAUUGUUACUUGUGCAUUAAUGUGUAAGUAGAAUUUUACUCUUGUUUAAGGUGGAACAAUUUUUUUUACUAUUUUUCAUACAAAGCCACAACUAAUGAUUAUUUUCAUUAUGCAAAAAUCGUUAUUUUCUUGAUCAAUUUAUUUAUUGUCAGGUUUGUAAAAUGUAAGACAAUAAUGAUAAAUGCUCAGAGAAAGAAAAAUCAUCAUGCUUGAAAGGUUAAAAACUAUGAAAUGAUUCAUUUCAUUUUCGCAUGAAAAAUUACUUAAAUGAUUAUCCAGUGUUAAAAACAGUUGCUCGGGAAUUUUUGAUAAUUGACUAAUCAACUAAAAGCAUAAUGACUAAUUGUUUAAGCUCAAAGCUUAUCUAAUAGUUUUUACAUUGCAUCAUUGUUUUAAAGUUGUUCAUAUAUUUGUAUAUGUUUGUAAAGUCUUGAUUUAUAAUGUUAUAUAAAUUAUUAUUUAAUCUAU